AUGGUACUACAUGAGAUGCAACCGAGCUGGACAGUUUAUAAGCCGGAGCACAGUGCGGUCGAAAUCCAGCAAAAAGAUGUUUCUCACUGUCCAUGCUUCACAAAUUAUGUUGUGAACGAUGAUGGGACUGUAAGUGUGAAAGGGUGUUUCGGACACGCGGGACAUGGCGUUGGACCCGCGGUCCCUCGUGUAAAGAGGCGAAGAAAAGUGCAUUCGCAGUCCCUGCUGGAAGAUCAUUUUUCGGGUUCUCAAGAACGUUUGGAGAAAAGAAUGUCGCUAAGAAACAAUAUUCAGCUGUGUGGCUCCAUGGUUUCCUCUAACAUCAGCGCUCUCGUCAACAUCGAUACGGAAGAGGCUAUGGCGAAGCUGAUCGAAAUCUAUGAACUUAUCGACAAAGCAUCCAAGAUUCGAAUUGAUCAUGACGCUCAGAAACCAGAGAUCAUGAUACCUAAACUUCCGAGACAGGGACCAAUGCUUUUGCCUACGAAGACAAAGUACACGGUAGGAAUUAUAUAA